AAUUAUAAUAAACAUGAAACAGUGAAUAAAAUGCAACAUAUAAAUGAACUUAUUCAGUUAAAACCACAUAUAUGGGAAAAUUCUAACAUGGAAGAAAAUGAUAAACCAUUUAUUGCAGGUUUUAAAGAAGAUUUAGAUAAAAUUAUAAAAGAUGAGCAAUCAAAACAUUGAUAAAAAUAUCCAUAGAGUAAGACAUAAUAAUGAGCAAUAUGAUUCCUCCUCUUGGAAAAUAAGUAAUGAUAAUACUAAUGAAGGUGAAGAUGAAUCAAUCUUUCCUAAGAACAUUCUCAAAAGAUAUAUAAUUAGCGGUGAAAAUGGUUUAACUGAAAAUACAGAACCAGAUGAAGAAAUCUAUGAUUAUGAAAAGUUCAAAAAAGAAUAUGAAGAACAAAUAGUAGAAGAUAUAAAUAACAAAAAUAAUACAUUCAAUGAUACUAAAGAAAAAAUAGAUGAAUUAGCUGAAGAAACGCUAAAGAACUUAUUUAAUUUUACAAAUUGUACAGAAAUAUCAAAGAAACUUGGUAUUAAGGCAAUAGAUUGUUUCAUUCACAAUUAUGAACUUGAAAAAGAUAAACCUAUAGUAAAAAAAACAGUAUCAAAAAUAUGGUUGAUCAUUAAAGUGUGGCUGUUAAUUUAUAUAUGUCUUGCAAUUCCCUGUUGGUGUCAUAAAGGGUGGUGUUGUUGCUGUUUUCGUUGUGGCGUUUGCUUUCCAAGAAAAAGAAUUCAUUUUGCAAAGAAAUAUUAUGCACUUAAUUCUCCAGGUACAUUAAAUAAAGAAGAAGAAAAACAAUUUAUUACGUAUGAACCUACUGAAUUUGAAGAAGAUGCAUAUAAUACAUUUGAAGCUGCAAUAAGAAAUAUAUAAAAACGUUUUCUUUAUCAAUGGAACUACCU